UUCUUUUUAACACAAAAUCUUCAAGAAUUUGAAAAUACUCAAGCUGGCAUGAAUUGUUUGUGUAAUUGUAGUUCUGUUACUGUUAUUCAUGAUUUAGAUAUUGAUACGUUCUCUACAAUCUACACAUUGAUAG